CAGGUUUGGUGUUGAUUUGUGGUCUGAGUUUUAAUGGCUGCACCUGCCCUGCAACAGCCCAGUUAUCUUCUGGCCAAUUUAAAGGCAGACUGGACCAUUAAAACUCUUCAUCAAAGAUGUGACGAGUUGAGCAAAAUUAUAGAUUUCCCUGCAAAGGAGCUGCAUGCAAUCUUUCCCUGGUUGGUGGAGAGUGUGUUCGGGAGCCUGGAUGGAAUCCUUAAUGGCUGGAACCUGCGGUAUCUGCAGGCUCGCAUGGCAGAGUACAACAUUGCCGUGGACUUCCUGGGCCCAAGUAUUACCACUGUUUUUCAGAUUUACUUCAUGUUUUGGCAUGAACUUCAUGGUUGUGUGUUUCUAAAGGUGUUUGUGGAGAUGUGGCUCCAUCACUAUUCUCUGGAGAUGUACCAGAAGCUGCAGUCUCCUCAGGUGAAGGUAAGAAUCUGGUUUUGGGUGUUAAAGCUCAUCCAGAUUAUCGCCCAAGCCCGACAGACGGCUAAACGGAUAUCGGAUCAUUCCACGGAAAUGGCUGCAAACAACUCUUUUCUCUCAUGGUUUAGCGUUGGUUCCUCGGAUCAUAACAACACUUUUAACGGAGGAGAGAUGGAUGAUAUGGGAGAGGGUGUGAAGAAAACCCAUGAGUUCCUGGACAAAGCACUGGACUACCUCUGUCAGAUAUUCCGGUUGAAUGCAGGGCAGCUGUCUCAGCUGAUAGGCAAUGUGGCAUCUGUAGACGAUGAAGGGGCAUCUAAACAACUGCCAGACUGCAUCCCGAGUGAAAAUGGGCUUUUGUUAACAGACCUGGGCAGGUUGCAGAUCAUCAAUGGUCUUCGCAGAUUUGAAAUCGAAUAUCAAGGAGAUCCAGAGCUUCAGCCUAUCAGGAGCUACGAAAAUGCUUUUUUGGUUCGACUGAUGUUCCAGAUCUCGUCCUUUAUUAAUGCAAGAUUUGGCGACCACAUGGAGGUGCUGUGUUCUCGACAGGACCUCCUGGGCAGUAUAGGACGACACUACUUGAGAAGUUCCUCAAAAGUGGCAGAGCAAUGGCGGAAGAGUCCGGUGACACGGCAGAUGAGGGAACGCCCUCAGCGAGCCCGUCUCAGCCUGCGGGUGUUAGCCAGCUAUCGCACCCUCCUCAUCCUCCUCCUGCUCUACAUGCUGUUUGCACUACUGUCAUUCAGUGUUCUCUCCAGCACUGGACUCAUUCUCAUCGUCAGCUUUCUAUAUGAGCUCCUGUUGAACUUUCUUGAUGAAAAACUAAAGACUCAGUAAAUAAAGAUUCAUGAUGCCUUUUUAUAUUUUAUUUUUUUAAUGUCAAUACUAAACUUCUAGCAACCUGUUCUCCAAGGUGCAUGAAGGUUUUUAUAUACAGUAUUUGCACUGCAAGUGUAUUGGUACAUUUAAUGACAAAAAAUUUAAUGGGGAAUGUCAUGUCUAAUGCACAGGGGGGUUUUUUAAAUCUGUGAGUGGUGGUUAAUCCAGCUUUUCAGUCAUUAAAUUCAUUUAUAAUGGUGUA